UAUCGUGUUAUUGCUGUCGCCGUCGUCUCUUCUAUCGGUAGCUGUCAUAUAUUUCCUUCCAAUCAGCUUACUUGCAGGCCGACAGGCAUGCAAGUGUUUCCCUCCAUCAUUAUAAGCGUGCAUCGGUCACUAGAAUUGUUUCAUCAUAUAUCAUCGUCGUCAUCUCUUUUUUUCUUUCCGCCUUUGCCAUUGACAGAUGGUUUUUUUUUUUUAUCAAAACAUUCCAAAUCCCAUCACUAUAGAGGCAGGCUUAUAUGGUUACGAAACCAAACCGGUGGUGUAGAUGGAUGGCAACACCGUGCCAACCAUCCUUGGAGUGGCUGAGAAACUGAGCCCGGUCGUCGAAUUUGUAUAAUGACGCCGUGCAAAGUAGGCAGGCAGGCAGGCGGGAACGUCGUCGUCAAUCGUGCCUCCAGCCUUUUUGAUCGUUCCAACUCACCCAGCCAUAAAAACCAUUGACCACCCUGUCUCCCACAUCGCCGCUUUUGACCGCCCCGGCGUCGUCAAGCCAUCGUCAAGCAAUUAAUGUCUCAUUAAUAAAACCCUCACCGCUCGACGCCGACCACCGAACAACAACCUGGGUCAAAAGGCAUUAUUAGCGCGGCCGUCCAUCGUAUCGGGGGGGUGUAUAUAUACAUACAUAUAUAUGGCACGAUCCAACGGUCCUGAUUCAACUUACAACUGCGCAAAUGAACGUGGGAGUCAUCCAACGCUCCUAGGGUUUUCUCUUGGGUUCUGCUGCGUUUCCCUUAUUCCGUGCGAGUUUUCAUUGGUUCUUGCAUCAUUAUAUUACCUCGUUUCUUUGUUUGUCUUCGCCAAUCCCGCCUUUUCCCCAUUGAAAAUGACGUCCGGUAGGCAUCGAGUCCCUUACUGCUGCUGGCCAAUAGGCUACAACUCGAUUCUUUUUCCUGUGUCUUUUAUCCGAUUCUCGGUUGAUUAAAGAAAGGUUGCAUCUUUGCAGCGGUUUAGGUUCGCUAUACUCCUUGGGGUUGGGUUCGGUUGGAUGAUAGAGGAGGGUGCCAAGAUGAGGGGCGGAGAGGAUGCGCCCGCUGGCCCGCCCUCCGGCGUCCGGAGAACUUUUUGGAGGUCUUCGUCAUGGUCCUCAUCACGGAUCGCCGCGCAGGACCAUUCGAAAGAUUCCACCUCCGAGGACAGCAACUCGGCCGAUGCUCCCUGCCCGCCUCCCCCCUUCACUCCAAGAUCGCAGAGCCACAAGGCCCGCUCGUGCCUCCCUCCUCUCGCCAUCGCCCGCCGGAGCUUCGACGAGUGGCCUAAGCCCGGUUCCGAUGACCUCGAGCAAUGGCCCCAUCCGCCCACCCUCGGUGCCAAGCCCGACGAGGGCUUAAAGCCGGAUCAUUCUUCGCUAAGGACCCCAGGUACGAGAGAUCAGAUCGCUUUCAAGGAGUGCUCCAAGGUCGCAGACCAUGUCUACCUCGGCGGAGACUAUGUUGCUAGGAACAGAGAAAUCCUUCGCCAGCACGGGAUUACCCAUGUCCUCAACUGUGUUGGUUUUGUUUGCCCCGAGUACUUCAAAUCAGACCUCAUCUACAAGACUCUUUGGUUGCAGGACAGCCCGUCGGAGGACAUCAUUAGUAUUCUGUAUGAUGUGUUCGAUUACUUUGAGGAUGUGCGGGAGCAAGGUGGGAGGGUGUUCGUCCAUUGCUGCCACGGUGUUUCACGGUCGACUUCUCUGGUAAUAGCUUACCUGAUGUGGAGAGAAGGGCAGAGCUUCGAUGAUGCAUUCCGGUUUGUGAAGACGGCAAGGGGGAUCGCCAACCCCAACAUGGGCUUCGCUUGUCAAUUGCUGCAGUGCCAGAAGAGGGUCCACGCCAUCCCCCCGAGUCCCGCUCCGGUGCUGACGAUGUACCGAAUGGUUCCGCACUCACCGUACGAUCCUCUGCAUCUCGUCCCCAGGAUGUUGAACGACCCAUCUCCUGCCGCUUUGGAUUCCAGGGGAGCAUUCAUCGUUCAUGUCCUCUCAUCCUUGUAUGUGUGGAUCGGUAACGACUGUGAACCCGCGAUGGAGGAGGAUGCAAAAGCUGCCGCCUUACAGGUGGUAAGGUACGAGCGGGUUCAGGGGCCACAUGCCACGGUCGAAGAAGGGGAGGAGCCCUUGGAAUUCUGGGAGGCCUUCUCGAGUGCACCCCCUUCGGAGGAGGAGGAGGGCAGGGAGACGAACGAGGAACGGGUUGAAUCAGCUGCUAAGAUGAUCGCCGGUGCGAGGAGAGUGGAAUCCUAUGAUGCUGACUUUGAGCUUUUCCAUGGGGCUCUCGCUGGAGGUAUCAUCCCACCGUUCUCUUGUUCGGGACAGGGGCAGGAAAACCAUCUUCCUGCAAGAGAAAGCGACUGGAGCUUAUCGAGGCGUAAGUUUCUCUCUAAACCAAUGUUCAAGGUUUAUUCAGAUUCUCAUACUGAUAGAGAAAAGCAUUUAGCAUCAACCUCCCCUCGUUAUUAAUUCCCUUUCUCUUAAUUAUCUUUCCUCGGAUUCGAGCA